AGGGUUGGACAGGAGAGGAGGCACGUGGGUGAGCACCGACAGGAGACAGCACGGAUACGUUGCAGGUUAACGCGGUGUAAAAGAGGUUAUAACCCCUUCCACCCCCAACCUCACCCUUGUUCUUCUCCUCUCCUUCCUUCCUUGCUGUGAUUUUGAGAAAGCAAGAAACAAAAUGGCGAGGUCUCAGCUUCUCUCGGUGGCCGCUGUCCUCUUCUUGUUCUCCUCCGCAUUAGGCACCCCCACACCCAACUUUGAGGUAGAGGGCCGCGUCUACUGUGACACCUGCCGCGCCGGCUUCGAGACCUCCGCCACCACCUACAUCAAAGGUUCUACGGUGCGUUUGGAGUGCAAGGACAGAGCAACCCACCAGCUGACCUACAGCAUUGAAGGCGUCACCGAUGCCACCGGCACCUACAGGCUCCCCGUGUCGGAUGACAGGCAGCACGAGAUCUGUGAGGUAGUGGUGGUGAGCAGCCCGGAGGCAGGGUGUGGCAAGGCCAUGUUGGGCAGGGAACGCGCUCGCGUUCUCCUCACCCACAACAACGGCAUCGUCUCCAACACCAGGUACGCCAAUGCCCUCGCCUUCCUCAAGGACGAGCCCCUCCCCAGAUGCGCCGAGCUCCUCAAGCUCUACAAGGAGAAGGAAGAGUAGACCGACCGCAGUCCCCUAAAUCCUCCCUCCUUCCCUAUAAACAAAAUACCAUUAGGAGGAUCUCUCUUCCUCCCUUCUCAUUUUCAUUUCCUUUCCCCAUUCCCACAUCCACCCACGAGGCAGAAGAACCCCUUUUUUUUUUCUUUUUUUUUGUUUCUUCUUUUAUAUGAUAAAUAUGUUUCUCUUGAUAAAAGAGUUGUUGUUUGACUGAUUGGAUGAUCGCUUUCUACCCCGUUUUGCUUCUGUAUUAAUAUAUCUCUCCACUAAUCUGGAUCUUUUCUUUAUUAA